AUGGCGGCUUCUUUCAUUUCCUUAUCUGGACCCUUCACUUCCAGCAGGCCCAACUUUCCCCCUCUCGCUAACAAGGGCUCAACAGGUUUAAAGUGGAGAUCUUUGCGGGUCAAUGCAAUUUCAAAGAAAUAUGAACCAUCUAAGGUUAUGCCACAAGCUGAUAGAGUCUUGAUUCGUCUGGAGGCCCUACCGGAGAAAUCAGCUGGAGGUGUUUUGCUGCCAAAAUCUGCGGUUAAAUUUGAGCGGUACCUUAUGGGGGAGGUCCUUUCUAUUGGUGCUGAGGUUGAGAAAGUGGAGACUGGAAAGAAGGUUCUUUUCUCAGAUAUAAAUGCUUAUGAGGUCGACUUGGGAACAGAAGAUAGGCACUGUUUCUGCAAAGCAGACGAAUUGCUGGCUGUGGUUGAGUGA